AUGUCGCAGCAAAUCCUCAACACCCCCAAGCAGACGCCAGCACCGACGCAGCGGCACCACCCUUCACCGCCACAGCCGCCUCCUAAGCUCGGCCGCCGCGCCGCCGCCGCGGCCAUCGCCAUCGCGGCCGCGCCGGCGCUCCUGGGCGUCUCGCCGGCGUCGUCCAAGGCGCAGGAAGCCGAAGCCGCUGCCGUUCCCGCCGCGGAGGCAGCGCCGCCGUGCCUCGCGGAGCUGCCCGUCACCGCGAAGGCCUUCCUGGACGUGUCCAUCGGCGGCGAGCCCGCGGGGCGCAUCACGGUGGGCCUGUUCGGGGACGCGGCCCCGGCGGGCGUGUCCCGGUUCCUGUCCCUGGUGACGGGCGUCGGGUACCGGCGCAAGGAGUUCGUUAAGAUCGUUCCGGGCUACGUGCAGCACAGCGGCGUGGUGUCGUACCCGGCCAUCCCCGCGGUGACGGAUCGGCUGGCGGCCGAGGCGGAGGCGGUGCGCGCACGGUGCAGCGCGGGCGGGCACGGGCCCGUGCACGCGGCGGCCAACGCGGUGUCGAUCGUGGUGCGGGACCCGAGCCUGCCGCCGCCGAAGCCGAAGCUGGUGGCCAGGGGCGGGAAGCUGGAGGUGGAGGAGGAGCAGGUAGGCGUGGUGCCCAACGGCACCGAGUUCGUGGUCACCACCGAGGCGGCCCCCGAGCUGGACGCGUCGGCGGUGCUGGUCGGGAGGGUGCUGGAUGGCAUGGACGUGGUGGCCAAGAUCGCUGCCGUGCCCACCGUCAGGGACAACACCGGCUCGCCGUACUUCAGAGUGGCCAAGCUGAUCGGCGACAAGAGAGCAGUUGUUGCAGAGCGAGGCUUCAACCGCCCGUACACUAAGAUCUUAGUCACCAACUGUGGUGUGUUCAGUUGA